AUGACAGAGACAGUAAGUAGCAGUUACAGAUACACUUUAUUCUAGGGUACAUCACUUCUCAUUUCUUUUAAAAAGAAACACAUUUGCUGUAUAUAGUGUUAUCAUUGUUUUUAUUUAUAAUGUGUAGGAAUUGAUGCUCUCUCAUUUAUUAUCUUGUUUUAGUUAAUGUCUCAUGAGUCACACCCAUAUUAGGACUGCCAGUGUAUUUUAGCAAUAUAGCCUGUUUUACUUUUAUUCAUGGAUUUUCUUUGUUUUGUUUUUUCUUUAUUUUUCAAUUGCUUAUUUGGAAGUAAUGAGCCCCUGACAUUUUUUCCUCAAGGCAAACAGGUAAUAUGUGUUUGCUUGACUGCAAAUCAAACAUUUUAGUUCAAAACAGACAAAUGUAGAAUAAUUCUCCAACACAGCAAUUUUGGCUAAUUUAAACAUUAUACAUGAAUUUGGCAUUACAGGAACACUUCAGUAAUUGCAGCACCAUAGGUCCUCAUUGAUUCUCCAUGAGUAGGACAGUAGACAGAUAAGGCUGCUACAAGGAGACAGUCCCAACACUGGAGUAAAUGUAAAUUCAAUGUGUUUUUCAACUUGUUGAAGUGUUUAUUUUGUAUGUUAAUAUAUUCCUUUAGAAGGACACUCCAGGUUAUGGUACCAGAAGGUCCCUGGAAACACUCUUACCUCAAGGGGUUAAACCAUUCUCGAACAGUUUAACCCCAAAGUUACCUCCAGUGCUGAUGUCCUCCUUCCCCAGCUGCAUUCGGCUUCUGAAAUGUCACUUUCGGUAAGUGUGGAGUGCUGCCGGACAGGACACCCUUGAUUGGCUGGGAGCUGAUGCUUUCAGCCCAUCAGUGACUCCCCAUUCACAAAACUGGCUAGGAAAGACAUGUACCUUUUGCAAGCCAGUUUAGUGAAGGAGGAGUCACUGAUUGGCUGAGAGCAUCAACUGACCACUCUAAGCCAAUCAGCGGCACCCCUGCCUAGCGGUACUCCCCGCUUCCUGAAUCUGAAAAUUCAGAAGCCGGAUGCCGCUAAGGACGGAGCUGAUAUCAGCGGUGGAGGCAAGAAUACCUCUGGGGGCCUCCUGGCACCAUAACAAUUUUAUUUAUAUGAAGUUCUUCGGUGUUUGGAAAGUCCCUGUAAUUUUUCUAGGCAUGCCCAGAGCAGAAUUUAUAGCUAUGUCUUACAGUUAAGUUUAUAAAAUGUAAUGUUUUGGAAUCUUUGUUUAUUCUUCUCAGUCACAAUAAGGGAUUCAUUUAGCACCUCUUAUUUCACCAAGAUAAUUUGGCUCAUGUGCACUGCUUUUUGAGCCUAUGAUUUUUGCCUAGAUUAUGGUACGAGGAGGUCCACUGUUCCUGUCUCCCAGUACACAAUAGUGAUUUGUGAAAAAAAAAUUUUUUUAUUUUGUUCAGAUCUCAAAGUACUUAGCUGCACAUAUUUUAACAAGUCUUUGACUUGUGUCAACAUUAUAACUAGGCACCUCACUUCAAUGACACCAACGGUAGCCUUGCUUUCCAUAAUGAAUUACCAUGACCUUUUCAGGAUUUGUUAAAUUGCUUUAAUUCAUUUGUAUGUGUGAAUGGUAUAUUGUACACUUUACACCUUAAAGCAUUGAAGGAUAUUUACAAUUUUUUUUAAAUAUACAGUAUUUGUAUUACUAUGCCUCUGUUAACAAAAUCUGCAUAUAAAAUAUCACUUCUGUAAAAUUACAUUGUAUUAUAUAUUUGCCGUGUUUACACUAUUUUUAAAUCUUGUUUACGUUUCUUAUUUUAAGAGAUUAUAACUUAAGUCUUUACUUGUUCUCAUGCAGACUACAGUUUCUCCUCUGAAGACUACUUUUAAUUAUUCUCCUACAAACUCCACUGAACGUCCAACACAAUUCUCCUCAAGUCUUGGAAUAGCCAUCCUCUCAAUAGCAUUUAUUAUUGGUUUUCCAGGUAAUGCCUUCAUCAUCUGGACUGUGUUGACUCGUAUAAAGAAUCGAACUGUAACCUGCAUCCUUAUCUUACAUUUAGCCAUAGCAGAUAUAAUUGUACUCCUUACAGCACCGUUCUUCAUUCAUCUUCUGGUCUCUGGCAAAUGGAUUUUUGGUAGUGUUGUUUGUAAGCUGUGCCAUUACAUUGGAUGUCUGAGCAUGUUUGUCAGCAUCUACCUCAUAACGUUCAUGAGUGUGGAUCGUUUCCUUGCAGUGGUUAUACCUUUUUCUAUUCAGAAGAUAAGGACAAAAACAGUGAUCAGGACUUCGGUUUUGGCAAUAUGGAUGUUAAGCACACUCUUGGCCAUCCCCAUGUUAUUUUAUCGCAGUUUACAUGCGGAUACAAGCCAGUGUAAUCCCACACACCAAAGUUCUGGACACAUUGUCUUUCAGUACUUAUUUGAGUUUUUGCUUGGCUUUCUCUUCCCGUUCAUAGUAAUUGUUUUCUGCUACCUUUAUAUCUGCAUACGGUUACAGAGUUUAAAGUUUCAAAGCAAGCAAAAGACAAGUCAACUUGUUAUAAUUAUCGUUGUCAGUUUUGCUCUGUUUUGGUUUCCUUAUCAAAUGAUUAAUCUUAUACAAGUGUUGGGAGAGACAAUAUCAAGUACCAACACAGCAGAGAAGUUCAGACGUGCAGCUCUAUUUGCUCGUCCCAAUGUUACUGCACUGGCCUUUUUCAGUAGUAGUGUCAACCCUGUGCUUUACACAUUUGCUGGUGGUUCCUUCAUAAGAACUGCUGGGGUUGGAUUUAUGGCCAAGGUCUUUGAAGGGACCUCUUCUGAAGCCCCCAGUUUUCGGAAGGUGACUAAUGUCUUUCGUCAGAAGAGCAGAAACAAAUCUGUGGAACUUGGUACAAUUGGGGAGGUUCCUGAGGAGAGUAAAAUAUUCACAGCCAAUCAAACAGAAUAA